AAUGGAAGAGAAGAGAUUUACUGAAAUAUCAGGCAUUUCAGGCAUUUCAUCACACAUAAUUCAACAAGCGAAUCAAAAACUUCAAUUCCUGCAGGACUCCUAUCUAACUGCAUCACAUUGCAUUAGUACGAAUCCCCUUACAAUUCCCCACGAAGAAUCCUUUCAAUUGAAGGGCAAAUAUUUCAAAAUUUCGAUAUCUAUUCGACUACAAAGUCGUCUAAAUAAAAAUCAAUCAUCAACAAUAAUAAUAAUCAUAAUAACAACAAUACGGAGAGAGGAAGGGGACAAGGUUGAGGAGAAGCAGGAGAAGAGGAAGAAAAGAGACUUGCGCUUAUCAAAAAUAGCGGCCAAUAAUCCGGCCGCAAAUUCCCAACGGCGUCACACACAUCAAUCCUACCGACCACCAUAUCUUCAUCCACCAUAGGAAUCACCAAUCGACCCAAUGCCCCUCCAUCAGCGAUUGGAAACGCGAGAAUUCCAUCCCCAAGUCAUCAACCUCCAUAUCCAUCACCAAGCCCUGUGCCAACCAAUCGCGAUCAACCACAAGUUCGAAUAAGUAGUCCAACGAGAUAUAGUUGGAGGAACGCUUUACAAGGUGUUGCGAAUCCUGGUACAACAGAAACUUUCCCAAAUCCCUUUAGACCUCGUGCUGGCUCAAGAAGUACGUCAAGGGGGAGACCGAGAAGACCAAGUACAUCUAGAUUGUGGAAUCCGACAAAUUCAACCCCGAGAGCAUAUCCUCAGACAUCGCCAAAAAGACAUCAAUCACCGCCGGAAGAACGUCCGGUUAUUGCGAUACCACUUCAACAUCCAGAUAUAUCAAAUUUACGGGAGGGAGCCAGUGCUGGAGGUAAUUAUCCAUUAUUAACGUUACCGGAACAGCGACAACAAAGACAUUCCGCAUCUACGAGAGCAAGUUUACAGGUUGAUAGGAGUGGAAGUUCAUUAAGUUCGCAUCGAAUAUCUUUACCAAGAACGGUUAGCAUAGACCUUGCGCGAAAUCGAAAAAGCGGUGAUUCUCCUCUUACACCUACUGCCGGACCAAAACUUGAUAAGGGCAAAGGAAAAGCGGUAGAAGAAGAGCCUGUUAUAACUGUUGCGACAACAUUGGAGAAGCUUACCGGAAGGGCUCCAGAAGGAAGACAACUUACUCCGACACCUGUCUCGGGCAUCUCUUUCGAUUUCAGUAAAGCAGCUAUGUCUGCGGACCUCGAGCGCGGUCCCAAUACCCUCAAUCCAUAUAAUCCAUCUGGCACAUCACCAAUACCACAUGCGAACGAUUCAAACAUUUCAUUACCAGGCGGUAUAGGUUCCGCAUUAUCCUCAAAUGGCACAUCGAUAGUUGGGGAAGAGCCAGGGGAGGGAGAUGAUGAUGCUUGGGGUCCCCAACAUCCAUGUUUUCCACAUAUGAAUAUGCAUGUUCCACUCUCAUCGCCUUUAUACAAUACAACACGCAUAAUACGCAUUCGUCGCGAUUGGAUGUUGGAAGGAGAUCUCGCGCCUACAUUUUCAAAUUUAUACCCAGAGAUUUUGGAUCCGGCUGGGGUUACGGAACAGGAUUUUAGAGGCUUGAUUGAGAGGAUUAAUAAUGAAUUGAUACCGGCUUUUAAUCCUUGGGGUGCGAGAAAUAUCUUCGAUGGGUUGAUGGGCUUGGUGACGGGUUGGGUAUGGGAUGAUUUGGGUUGGACGGGUGUGAAGUCUCGGUUGAAUCGUGUGGAAAUGUGGUUGGAAGAAUGGAAUAGAGAUAUGGAGUCGAGGGCAAAGGAACCGGGGACAGCUCCAAAAAUUGUGAGUUUGAGGAGAACGGGAUAUAUGAACCUUGAUAUCCAAGUCCCAGAUCCGGAAAUUUCAUAUCCCGCCACAAUACCCGAAUCUGAUCGUUUAGAUUCGGGCAUAUCGCAAAAUACACAUGUCACGGGAACUCCACCAGAACAUGAGUUACAAGCUACAAUACCCAGUAGGAGUCAGAAGAGUGACCAUAUGGAAACCGUUCCUUAGGUGGUAUUGAGCGAUGGGAGCUGUAACAUACAUAAGAAGAAGAAAAGGAAGCGGAGGAUUGAAGAUAGAGGACGAGGAGAGAAGCAAUUUAUACCCCCUUUUUCAUUUUUACACAGGCGUUUUAGGAGAAAGAGAACAAGAGGAUAUUUUGUAGAGGAGAUGGAAAGAAAGAAAAAGAGGAGGGGAAGAAAGGGAAGAAUAGUGAUUUGUUUGGAGUUAGCAUUGGACUUGGGAUUGAAACGCACAGUUGAGAAGACAGACGGGAGUUGCAUGCAUUUAUAUACUGAUUGAUUGCAAGAUCAAGGCUUGCGUCAGGGAAGUUUUGGUGAUGUUGUUAGGGAUUGCUGUAGGAUUGGAAGAUGGACAAGAGAAGAGAAGAGCAGAGAGAAAGCAAGUGUGAGGGAGACAGAAAAAGGAGUGAUGAAUAUCAUGUUAUGUUUGAUGAGGAUUGGUGAUGGACAAUAUGAUGGAGAAAGAAAGGGUAAGAGUAUGUUUAGUUGCAAGAGAGAAAGGAGACCCGAGGAUUAUUUAAUAGGUACUUGUACGUAGGUGCUGAUAAUGAUGAAUGAUUGAACUUGGG